AUGGCGACGUUGGCCGUGCCGGCCCGCCUCCUCCCCCUCACAUCCGCCCCCUCCCUCCCCCGUCGUCGUAACUCCACCACCACAACUACCCGCAUCCCUACCAAUUCCAUUAUCCAAUCCAAUCUGCAACCUCUCUCCACCUCAUCCCAAAGCCCUAAAUCCUCGAAGUCUACGCCUCUACCUUCAAAUUUCUUCAAUCCCUUUGCCUCCGUCCCCAAAUCUCUCGCCCUGACUGCCGCUUCUGGAGUCCUCUUCCACCUAGCAUUUCAACACUCCGGCGGAAAUUCUAACUUCAAUCACGGAAAUGGCGGCGGAGGAGGUGGAGGUGGAGGUGGCGGAGGAAAUGGAGGGCAAGAUGGUAACUUUUGGUCUCGUAUAUUCUCACCGUUGGCAACUGCGAAGGACGACGAACCCCAACAAGAAUGGGAUAAUCAUGGAUUACCGGCCAACAUUGUGGUCCAGCUCAACAAGCUUAGUGGGUUUAAGAAAUAUAAGGUGUCUGAUAUAUUGUUUUUGGACCGCCGCCGUGGGUCCUCUGUCGGUACUGAGGACUCCUUCUUCGAGAUGGUUUCUCUCCGGCCGGGUGGGAUAUACACCAAGGCUCAGCUCCAGAAGGAGCUAGAAACUCUAGCUACUUGUGGAAUGUUCGAGAAAGUCGACUUGGAGACUAAAACGAACCCGGAUGGUACUAUUAACAUUACCAUUCCAUUCCAAGAAUCCACAUGGCAAUCUGCAGAUAGAUUCAGGUGCAUUAAUGUAGGUCUGAUGCCUCAGUCCAAGCCUAUUGAAAUGGAUCCUGACAUGACUGAUAAGGAGAGAUUAGAUUACUACAGGAGUCAGGAGAAAGACUACAGGAGGAGGAUUGAGCGGGCAAGGCCAUGUUUGUUGCCACUGCCAGUGCAGAGGGAGAUCUUGCAAAUGUUGAGGGAGCAGGGGAAGGUGAGCGCAAGAUUACUGCAGAGGAUUAGGGACAGAGUGCAGCAGUGGUACCACGAGAACGGGUAUGCCUGUGCCCAGGUUGUGAAUUUCGGGAAUUUGAAUACCAAAGAAGUGGUUUGUGAGGUCGUGGAAGGGGAUAUCACACAGCUUGUCAUUCAGUUCCAGGAUAAGCUUGGUAAUGUGUGUGAAGGGAACACUCAGAUGCCUGUGAUAAAGAGAGAAAUGCCAAAACAGCUUCGCCAAGGACAAGUAUUUAAUAUAGAGGCUGGGAAGCAAGCAUUGAGAAAUAUAAAUUCUCUAGCUCUCUUCUCUAAUAUUGAGGUAAAUCCACGUCCAGAUGAGAAGAAUGAGGGAGGUAUUAUUGUUGAAAUCAAGCUCAAGGAACUAGAACAGAAGUCGGCUGAAGUUAGUACUGAAUGGAGUAUUGUUCCAGGACGUGGGGGUCGUCCUACUCUGGCUUCAAUCCAGCCAGGUGGAACUGUCUCUUUUGAGCAUCGGAAUAUAAAAGGGUUAAAUAGGUCCAUUCUUGGUUCAGUGACCACCAGCAACUUCCUCAAUCCCCAGGAUGAUCUUGCUUUUAAACUGGAGUAUGUCCAUCCUUAUAUAGAUGGUGUAUACAAUCCUCGCAACCGUACCUUCCGUGCUAGCUGCUUCAACAGUAGAAAGCUGAGUCCAGUAUUCACUGGUGGGCCUGGAAUAGAUGAAGUGCCCCCUAUAUGGGUUGACAGAGCUGGAGUUAAAGCCAACAUUACAGAGAAUUUCACUCGUCAAAGCAAAUUUACUUAUGGGGUCGUGAUGGAGGAGAUAACGACCCGUGAUGAAAGCAGUCACAUAGCUGCAAAUGGUCAAAGAGUGUUGCCAAAUGGAGGAGUUAGUGCGGAUGGACCACCAACAACACUCAGUGGCACUGGCGUCGACCGUAUGGCAUUUUUACAAGCCAAUAUUACCCGUGACAACACAAAAUUUGUGAAUGGGGCUAUAGUUGGUGAGCGAAAUGUGUUCCAGCUUGACCAAGGACUUGGCGUUGGAAGCAAGUUCCCGUUCUUUAAUCGCCACCAGUUAACAGUAACCCAAUUUUUCCAACUGAGGCAAGUAGAGGAAGCUGCUGGCAAGCCUCCACCACCUGUGUUAGUCCUUCAUGGCCAUUAUGGUGGCUGUGUAGGAGAUCUUCCCAGCUAUGAUGCUUUUACUUUGGGGGGACCUUAUUCUGUUCGGGGUUACAACAUGGGAGAGUUGGGAGCUGCAAGAAAUAUACUUGAGUUGGCUGCUGAGCUACGGAUACCUAUGAGAAAUACACAUGCUUAUUUAUUUGCAGAACAUGGAAAUGAUCUUGGGAGUUCAAAGGAUGUCAAAGGAAACCCAACAGAGGUUUACCGAAGAAUGGGUCAUGGUUCUUCAUAUGGUGUCGGAGUCAAGCUAGGUUUAGUACGAGCAGAGUAUGCUGUCGACCAUAACUCUGGGACAGGUGCAAUAUUCUUCAGAUUUGGGGAGAGAUUCUGA